AUGGACAGCUUGUACAGCUUGUACAGCACAGCCAGGGCCAAAGGGUGUUACGAAGACCCCUCGCCCAGCCGCUACGUCGUCCAAUGGCAUCGGCCGCCACGCCGCGCCGCCGAGUUUACGGUGCGCAUAUUGGGGUCGCGUCGUGGCGCACCGACUCCGGCGAGCAACCAGGUCGACCAGAUCGAUCCAAAUUCAAGUGGCGUUGCGGGCUUGGGAAAUGACUUCAUUGUUCGACUCCACGGCCCCGCCUCGGAAAACAAGGCACCGAGAACCCACCACCAGCAAGAAGAUCGGUUUCGGAGGUCGCUUCUCCGACGGUUCACCGGUGCAUUUGGCCCGGCUCGGUAUCUACGCGGUGCCAGCGAGGAAACAGCAAAUCUUCUCUCGAUCUUCUGGCUUGAUCUGACUCGAAUUGACUGGAAUUGA